GACGCUAUGGUGUCGCGUACUAUUACAGUUUGUUAGAUUUUUCUUUCUUUUGUAAACUAUGUUCUUUUUCUUUGUGAUUGCAAAAAAAUAUGCCAGUGAUUCCAAGUUUCAACCCCCUCCACCUCCUUCUAUUAAAGAGAAAAAAGAUCACAAAAACUUUUACAGCCCCCUUCACCUAUCCCCACCCCGCAUAAAAAAUCACACAGAAAAACAGAAAAUACAAUACACAAAAAGGCUAUUUGGUGAGAAAGAGAGAGCCAAAAAUCAGUCUGAAAAAACACACACACAGUGAGUGAGUGACUGACGAGUGUGAGAUAUAGAGAGAGAAAGAAAAGGCUUUAUUAGAAAAAGAACACAACUCCCUUUUACUUUUCUCUCUCUAAAAACCACCAACCCCCACCCCAACCCACCCCACCCCACCCCACCCCCACCCCCCCAUAACUCCCUACCAACCCCCACGCUACCUCACAGUUGAUCAAAACCAUUUCAUAGCUUCUUUCACACACAGACACAGAAAGACACUCUUCUUCUUCACUCUGUUCAUACAUAUAUUUCAUAUAAAUACAAAAAUAUAUAUAUACGUAUAGUCAUCGUACAUAUAAAUAUAUAUAGGUUUGUGUAUAGUUGUAACAGAGAAAAGAAGGAAAAAUGGAGAGGUACAGUGGGACCCAAGCAAUGGAAGGUGCACCGGUGGAUCCGGUGUCUGAAUGGACUGUUCCUGGCGGAGAGACGGGGCUUGAAGAGCCUAUGUGGCAGUUAUCAGUGGGUACUGGACCAGAAGCAUACCCUGAAAGGCCUAACGAGCCCGAUUGUAUCUAUUACUUGCGUACGGGCUUCUGUGGUUAUGGUGGAAGGUGUCGGUUCAAUCAUCCUAGGGACCGUACUUCGGUUUUGGGUGCAAUGAGAGCUACUGGAGGAGAAUAUCCAGAAAGAAUGGGUCAACCUGUUUGCCAGUACUAUAUGAGGACAGGAAUGUGUAAAUUUGGUGCAUCUUGCAAAUAUCAUCACCCAAGACAAGGAGGUGGUUCUCCAGCACCUGUGACAGUUAACGUUUAUGGAUACCCGCUGCGUCCGGGGGAAAAGGAAUGUUCAUAUUAUGUGAAAACAGGACAGUGUAAAUUUGGCGUCACUUGUAAAUUCAAUCAUCCACAGCCUGCUGGAGCACAAGUGCCAGCACCAGCAGCUGGACCUGGACCUCUGACUGCGCCAGCAGCUGUUCCUGCACCGCACAUUUAUCCACCGGUGCAGUCUCCUUCUGUUCAAUCAGCGCAACAAUAUGGGGUAGUUUCUGGCAACUGGCCAGUUGCAAGGCCUACUCUACUUCCUGGUUCAUAUAUCCCUGGGACUUAUGGUUCUAUGCUUCUUCCCCCAGGGAUGGUUCCUCUACCAGGUUGGAGUCCUUAUCCGGCACCUGUUAGUCCGGUUCCCUCCCCAAGUACUCAACUUCCCGCUGCAGCAGGUCCCAUUUAUGGGCUUUCUCAACUAUCUCCUUCAGCACCAGCCUAUACAGGACCGUAUUUAUCUGUUCCUUCUUCAGCCGGUCCUUCAAGCAGCAGUCAGAAGGAGCCUGCGUUUCCAGAAAGGCCCGGACUUCAAGAAUGUCAGUAUUACAUGAAGUAUGGGGACUGUAAAUAUGGAUCUUCUUGUAGAUACCAUCAUCCACCUGAAUGGAGUGGACCUAAAACAAGUUUUAUCCUCAGUGCAAUGGGCCUCCCUCUUCGUCCGGGUGCACCAAUUUGCUCUCACUUUGCACAAAAUGGAGUCUGCAAGUUUGGGCCUUCUUGCAAGUUUGACCAUCCAAUGGGAAUGAGUUAUAGUUCAUCUUCUUCUUCUCUUGCUGAUAUGGCUGUUGCUCCUUACCCUGUGGGAUCUGCUGUUGGUACUUUGGCUCCAUCAUCCUCAUCGUCAGACUUGCGGCCUGAACUCGUAUCUGGAUCUGGCAGGGAUGGCUUCUCUACCCAACUAUCUUCCAUGAGCAGUGCAAGCGGUUCAGUUGGUUCAAUGUUUUCAAAGGGCGGUCCUUCUCAUUCCGGUGCUCAGAAAUCUGUACAGAGUUCUAAUCCUUCCAGUAGCAGCAGCAGCGCAGGCCAUGGAAGUGAGGGUCGCACAUCAAAUUGAGAGAAGAUUGAGUGGUCACAUUUUUUCUGUUGCUCAAUGAUCACUUGACGAGCACUUUAUUUUUGGUGAUAGUCCCGCUUAGGAGGAUUUUAUCCUAAUUAGUCAUCUUGCUUCUUUCAAAUCCAGAUCUAGCACACACUCUAGUUCUGUCCAUCUGUUGUUCAUAAGGCCACCUCUUUUCCUCAUUUCAAAUAAGUGAUAAUCCAUCCUUGAAAGGUCCAACUACCCUCAGUAGAGGUUUGUAGCUAGUUUCUGAAUAACAAGAAACAGAUACCACCUUCCGUCUUAGAAAUCUGCAACCAUGCCCCAAUUUUUGGACCUUGUUGUGGCUAUUUAUAUUGUAGUCUUUUUAGGGAGAGAAAACAUCCCUCCUACACCGUUGUCCUUUGAAAUUUGCUUUCACCUAUCCUCCUUAGUCUCCUCUUCAAAAUUGGAAUGAAUACCAAGGUCUUCUCUUUAUUGUGAAGAAACAGUUGAUCUUACAGAUCCUGAACCAGACAAUGUUUCAUUGUCUCUUAUGGGAUAUUUGAAAGAUACUUGUGUUGUAAUAUGGGGAAUAGCUCGAAUUUAUCAUCAAAUACAGUUAAAAAUACCAAGUAACAACUUUGACUUUGUAAGAAUUGCAUCUUUUAUCUUUUUCAA